AUGACUAACCACACCCACCCCAUCCAAACCCCCCACCUCGGCAACGGCCUCGCAGCAUCCAAACCUCUCGAUCCAGGGGACCUAAUAGUUCAAAUCCCCUCGCCCUACCUACUCGUCGUAGAAAAAGAAGCCUUAGACCGCGUAUGUUCAUACUGCCUCCACGAAACCCCUCUCUCCUCCCUAAAACGGUGUUCCUCAUGUAAGAUCGUGCGGUACUGCACCCCAACCUGCCAGAAAGAGGAUUGGAAACUCAUUCAUAAACGUGAAUGUGGGGUAUUGGCGAAGUUGCCGGCGGUACCACCGACGGCGGUGAGGGCGUUGUUUCAGUACUUGGUGAGGUAUGGGGGAGAGGGGUUGGAUGAGAGGAGUGAGGGGUUGGAAAGUCAUUGGGAGGAGUUUAAGAGAGAUCAGAAGAGGUGGGAUGAGAUUGUUCUGCAGGCGAGGGGGGCGGUUGCGUUUUCGAGGACUAAGGAGAGUAAGAUGGAGAUGGUUACUAGGUUGCUUUGUGUGGUAGGUUUUCACUUUUCAUUCUUUUCUCUCAUGCUGCGUUACGAGUUUGAAGGGCCCAAAAGAUUCAGUCAAAUGAAUUUUAUAAAGUCCAUGAAGACCAGAGGUCCGAUUUGAGAAUGCAGUCAUCCCAUCUCAUUCCCAAAUCCGAGUUCCCACUCAUCAACUCUCAACCUCUCAAGAACCUACCGUCCAAGCUCCCUCAAAAUCUCAUACCCCAAUCAUACUGUACUAACCUCGUCAUCACUCCCAGCUCUCAACUAACGCCUUCCGUGCCACCCUCCCCGACGAUACGCCUAUAGGCCUCUGCUACACACCCACCCUCGCACUAGCAAACCACUCCUGCACCCCCAACGCAUUCAUAAUCUUCUCCGGGCGCCGCAUCUCCCUCCACGCGCUCUCCCCCAUCCCGCUUGACGGACAAAUCUUCAUCUCCUACAUCGACUUCACCCAAUCCCUCGACAUCCGCCAGACCGAACUCAAACAACGAUACUUCUUCACCUGUUCCUGCCCAAAAUGCACUCAGGACCUCAAUCCGUACGAAGUAUUCGCCAGUACCCCCACGGAGGCAGUCCAGAACGAGAAAAUCUCAUUAUUAACCUCCCACCCCGACUUGCUCUCCCAAGCCAACCAAAAGAUCCCCAUAAUCAAAAGAUUAAAAGAAGAAUUAGCUCCCCUCCUCGAAGACCUCUCCAAAGUCCAACCUUUAAUAACCCUCUCACACACCAACGAAUCCCCCCGGGAGCGCUUCAACUUCCUCACCCAAAUGCACCUCGAGAUGUCCCUCUUCCGCGACCACAACAUCUACGCUUUACCACCGUACCCCACAGUCCUAGAUGAGAUCUACCUCGCGUACGUGGAUGCGUCGCGGCUAGCUGCCGCACUCAUCAUACUCCUCUUCAUCUUCCUGAAUUGCGACGUGGUGAACUGGCCGCAGGGGAUGCAUCCCGUGCGAGUUGCGAGGUUGUUUACGAUUAGUAGGUUGUUGAAGUAUGUUUCCUCGCUCAGUUCGCAGGAGCGGGAGGUGGAGCUGGGGUGUGUGGAGAGGGGGGUGUUGGAGGGGGUGGAUUGGAUUGAUGGGACGCAUGUUGUGCUUGUUGUUGUGUCUGAAUUGGCGACUUUGAGUUAUGGGGUUGGGUCGGUGUUUGUGUGA